AAGGGGAAAAAAAGUUCCUUGUAGAUCUAACAGUGGAAGAAAGUUAAUUAUGCAGUGCAGGCUCUGUGGGGAGAGGCAAAGUAGGCAGCAACGACGCGAAGCCAAAGUACGUUGGGGAGGGACAAAUGUUUCAAAGAACAGUAAGAGACCAGCUCCAGAGUAAAUAGUUGUAAACUUUUCCCCGGAAGUUUGGUACAAAAAUGUAUCCGAACGAUGAGAUUCGUUUCUCUGUCCUCGACCUGCUCUUUAUCUGGCUCGGUCUGGGCACUUUCCUCCUGGACCUUGGUACCGAUGCCUGGGUCGCGUUCUCCUUCUACCUGGCUGGAGACUAUUUUUGGGGCAGCGCUGUGUUGAUUCUGGUGCUUUUGUGCUCGGCGGUCGUCCAACUGUUCAGCUGGUUUUGGUUUGCUGGGGAUCGGGAACAGUUGGAGAGUUUUUCCAACUCCGGACGACUACCGAAGUUGAAGGCCACGCCAGGAGACCGCGUUCUGGGCCUGUUGCAUUGGUUUCAGCUGGGAUUCCUGGUCAGGUACGUAGCAGCACUGGAACUAGGCUUCCGAGUAUAUAAAGAAAAGGAGACCAUGGGCUUACAGUAUGCCAUUUACUUGGCCUGUGAUAUCAGCAUGUUGCGACUUUUUGAGAGCAUCUUUGAAAGUGCUCCUCAACUUGCACUAAUGCUCUACAUCAUUAUGGAGAAGAAUCAGAUGGAGAUUCACCAGUAUUUCUCACUUGUUGCUUCUUUCCUCUCCAUUGCCUGGGCUCUGCUGGACUUUCACCAAUCCCUUCGCAAGUCUCUUUCGGACAAAAUGCAUCUUCGAUUAAAGUCGGCUGUGCCUUACUUCCUGUGUAACCUGCUGCUCAUCUGGCCCAGGAUUGUCAGCAUUGCAUUAUUUGCAACUGUAUUCAGACAGUAUGUCUUCUUGCACUUUGCUAUGGUUUGGCUGCCGAUGUUCUUCUGGGCAUGGCAACAAGGCACAACCUUCAUGAACAGCUUUCCAGAAGAGGUCUUCUAUCGAGAAACAAACAAGCUGCUGGAGGAACUCAGCGGGUCAGACAACAUCUAUGGAGGAAAGUGGACAAUUGAUGAUUCGGAUCGAGACCAUCUGGAGUUAGAGGGGAGAUAGCCAGUACAAAAAGGUGAGGGUAAGGGGUGAGGCAAGAGCUGGCAAACAAUAGGUGGAUCCAGGUGAGGAGAGGUGAUAGGCAGAUGGAGGAGGGAAAAGUGGAAACAGUGACAGAGGCUGGGAGGUGAUAGGUGGAGGUGACAAAGAGCUGCAGAUGGAAUCUGAUAGGAGAGGAAGGUGGCGCAUGGAACCAAGUGAGGGAGGUGGGGAGGGCAGAGGGGACCACUGUGUGAGUGAUGGGGACGGGAGUGAGUGCAGGAAGAACUGGAUAGAUCGAGAAAGGUCCAAUUUCAGUCUAUGAGCUUUCCAUCUCAAAUCGAGUGCCUCCACAGGUCCAGACCUCGGCACUUAUAUAUAAUGUGUCUUAACAUUUUCAGGAGUUAUAUUUAUUUUAAAGCCACUAAGCUCAGAUGUUCUUGGUGGUGGUGGUUCUUUGAAUGCUCUGAGUGCUGACCUUUCAGUAGAUGACUGACUGCCCAGAGAAAGCUUCAUGCAGUUCAAGGCCUUCACAUUAACCAAGCUGCACCCAUCCUUUGCUAUUCCCAGAUAAUCACCUUUGGUUAAAAUUCACUCACACCUGGAAUAGAAGAUUCCACCUUGUGUAUUCAUAUGAGUGCAUUGACAUUUCUAAAUAUCUUGUACAAUAUUUACUAAGGAAACACAGAAUUUAAGCACUUCCAUCUUUGCUGAGUUCUGAUUCACUGGGCGUACCUUUGACUGUGCCAGUAAGUACAAUGUGCUGCAAAGGUACAUUAGUUAUCUGAGUCCACGAUUCCAAUGUUUCAUCAUCACCUUCGUAUUUUCAUUCUUCACUAAACCAGAAAUCUCAGCCUUGGGUUUUCAGUUGAAGAAUGAUGUGGAAUUUCACAUUAUGAUCAAAAUUUACCUGCAGCAGAAUUAAGUAUUUCUAAAGAUCAGUAUAUCUUACGUAAUCAAAAGUGCCAAGAAAAUAGUAAAAUUGAGUUAGAUAUAAAAUUUUAAUAUUGUUUUAGGACAUGAAAACAAUUGGCUGAUACAUAGGUUGGACUAGAAGAACCAAUUUCUGGGUGGGUUUCCAAUUGUAAAAUUAAUGGUUGGGUUUCAUUGUGAGAAAUUCCAGUAAAAAGUAUCUUAGAGUUGGAUGUUGCCACUAGUUGGUUAUUGAUUGGUAAGGAUGUAUCAUUGGCCCGAAUCUUAUAGGCUGCUGCCAUUGGUUUGGCCGUUUGUUCCUGACCUAAGCACAGUACUCACUUCCUCAAAAUCAGCUGGAUCCACACCCAUCACAUUGCUCCACAUGCAGAGCCCAGCUUCGUUCACCACUUGAAUUUGUAUCUGGCUUGACUAAUCCCAACUGACCCAAGUCCUGGACUGCUGCAUCCAGCAUUGAAGGUGCCAAUGUCUCCUAUUUGGUUGCACGAUCCAGAGACCCCAUCUAUAUUUUCAAAGUCGACCAAUUCUAAACCCAAUACAGAUGGUUGAAUUGCCAGAGGUGAGCGGGCUCUCUCAGACUCUGCAGAUUAGAACAUAGAAAAACUACAGCACAAUUCAGGACCUUUGGCCCACAAAGCUGUGCUGAACAUGUCCCUACCCUAGAAAUUACUAGGCUUACCCAUAGCCCUCUAUUUUUCUCAGCUCCAUGUACCUAUCCAACAGUCUCUUGAGAGACCCUAUCAUAUCCGCCUCCACCGCCGUUGCCAGCAGCCCAUUCCACGCACUCACCACUCUCUGAGUAAAGAACUUACCUCUGACAUCUCCCCUAUACCUACUCCCCAGCACCUUAAACCUAUGUCCUCUUGUGGCCACCAUUUCAGCCCUGGGGAAAAGCCUCUGACUAUCUACCCAAUCAAUACCUCUCAUCAUCUUAUACACCUCUAUCAGGUCCUCCCUCAUCCUCCGUCUCUCCAAGGAGAAAAGGCCGAGUUCCUUCAACCUACUUUCAUAAGGCGUGCUCCGCAUUCCAGGCAGCAUCCUAGUAAAUCUCCUCUGCACCUUUUCUAUGGCUUCCACAUCCUUUCUGUAGUGAGGUGACCAGAACUGAGCACAGUACUCCAAGUGGGGUCUGACCAGGGACCUAUAUAGCUGCAACAAUACCUCUUGGCUCCUAAAUUCAAUUCCCCGAUUGAUGAAGGACAAUACACCAUAUGCCUUCUUAACCACAGAGUCAACCUGCGCAGCCUCUUUGACCAUCCUAUGGACUCGGACCCCAAGAUCCCUCUGAUCCUCCACACUGCCAAGAGUCCUACCAUUAAGACUAUAUUCUGCCAUCAUAUUUGACCUACCAAAAUGAACCACUUCACACUUAUCUGGGUUGAACUGCAUCUGCCACUUCUCAGCCCAACUUUGCAUCCUAUCUAUGUCCCUCUGUAACCGCUGACAGCCCUCCAAACUAUCCACAACACCCCCAACCUUUAUGUCAUCUGCAAACUUACUAACCCACUCAUCCAGGUCAUUUGUAAAAAUCACAAAGAGUAAGGGUCCCAGUACAGAUCCCUGAGGGAUUUCUUAGCUCUGGUGCAGGAUUAAAAACUUCAUCAAUUUCAAUCAGGAUUCUUGGCUUGCACAUUACAGGGCAAAGGAGAUGGGAAAUGUUUUUUAGAUUAUUUUAUUUAAAAAUAUUAUUUAAUUCUAUUUUAAUUAUUUUAAAAACACUCAUACCAAUGGACUGGUACAACAGCA